AUGAAAAAUUUUAUGUGGCAUUUUGUUAUACUUGUUUUUAUUGUUAUAAAUAAGAAAAUAAAAUGUUACAAUAUAAUCUUGAAUAAUACUAAAUUUCUAACAAGCCAAACUAAAGAAAUAGAUGAGCCCAUCUUUUCAAAGGUUGAAAAAUUGAAACAAGAUGAAAAAAAAAACAAAAAAUAUAAACAGGAGGAAAGCUUAAAAGAAGUAAAUACAAAUCCAUUAGAGCUCGUUAAGGAUUUCUUUUUUAAAAAUAAAAUUGAAGAAGAAGAAGAAAAAAAAAAAAAUAAGUUAUAUUUAAAAAAUGAUGUAAGGGAAAAUAAUUUAGAUAGUUUCUCAUACGUUCAUAAUAAUAAUGAAGACGAUUCAUCGAAUGAUAAUAUAAAUGAUAAUAAGUAUUACAAUAAUAGAAAACAGAAUGAUAAUGAUAAUAAUAAAAGAGAUUAUAAUAAUAAAGGAAAUUAUAAUAAAGACAAUGAUAAGGAUGAAUAUAAUAAAUAUUACACAGAUUAUGAUAAUAAUGAUUACAAAAAUGAGGAAAAUUAUAAUGAAUACAAUAAUGAAGAAAAUUAUAAUGAUUAUAAUAUUGAAGAAUAUAAUAAUGAAAUAAAGAAAGAAAAAGAAAAAGAAACCGAUAGAAAGCAAAUGUUCAAACUUGCCAUAGAAUUAAAAAAUGGCUCAAAAAAAAAAAAAAAAAAUAUUAAUAAAUGUAUAGAAAUUUUUCAAAAAUUAAUAACGGAUAAAAAUGAUAAAAUAACACGUUCAUCUUAUUAUGAAUUAGGGAAAAUAUAUUUUUUUGGAUAUAAAAAUUAUUUCUUUUCAUAUAAAAGAAAUGUAAACUUAAGUUUGCAUUAUCUACAAAAAGCUGCAAUGAUGAAAAACCCGGCAGCCUUACACUUUUUAAGUUUUAUUUAUUUUUAUGAUUUUCAUAAAAUCGAAGAAAAUAAGAAACGUAACGAAAAAAAAAAUAUUCAAAAUGGAAAUAAUGUAAAUAACAUAAAUAACAUAAAUAACAUAAAUAAUGUAAAUUAUGUACAAAAUUUACAACAAAAUGAAAAUUUUAUUAAAAAAUCCAUUGAAUUUGAAAUGAUCGCAGCUUCGCUAAAUUACAUCCCUUCCAUUUUAACACUCGCAUAUAAAUUCUUGUAUGGUAUUAAUAUGAAACAAAAUUGUUAUAAAGCUAAGAAAUUAUAUAAAACUGUUGCUGAGAAUGUUAUGAACUCUGAUUAUAUUAAUAUCCCACUUUCAGAACUAGAUAUACUAAACGGAGAAAAUUUAAAUAUGCAUAAUGAAAUUAACAACAUGAAAAAUAAUGAAGAAGAAAUUCUCGAAUUCUUAAAUGAACAAAUUAAAGGAGGUGAUGUAAUGGCUAUGUAUGACCUGGGGAAAAAAUAUAAAGAAGAAAAAAACUUUAAACAAGCUUUCAAAUAUAUUAACGAAGCUUCAAAAAAAAAUAAUUUACUAGCCCUAAAGGAGUUGGGAAUUAUUUAUUUGUAUGGAUAUGGAGUUCAGAAGGACAUAAACAAAAGUAUAGAAAAUUUUUCAAAG